AUGAAGAUCUAUUGCUUCCUUUGUUUGUUCCUGAUCGUCGUAAUUCAUGCUGCAGACACCGAUGUUCAAUUGGUAAACAGGAGAUCAGCGUAUACAAGGCGUCGAAGGAAGAAUGCAGAGAAGAAACAUGUUGAAAUCUCAAGACAUCCGAAAACAACAGAACCGCCAGUGGUGACUUAUCGGUGGAUGAAAAUAAACGACAACACCAUGAAAUACUUAUUCCUUCUGAGAAAUUCAUCAACAGAUGAAUGGAAUGAACUGAAUAGAAUCGUAUUUGAAUAUAUUCGAAAGAAUAAGGCUUAUGUUCCAAAAGAUGAUCCGAAUGCAAGAGAAAAACUUGCCAAAGCAGAUUUCCUGAACAAAUUUAUGAACAAAUUCGGAGACGACUUGUCAGGCCUUGCAAGACAUCCGAAAACAACAGAACCGUCAGUGGUGACUUAUCGGUGGAUGAAAAUAAACGACAACACCAUGAAUAUUCGAAAGAAUAAGGCUUAUGCACCGAAAGAUGAUCCGAAUGCAAGAGAAAAGCUUGCCAAAGCAGAUUUCCUGAACAAAUUUAUGAACAAAUUCGGAGACGACUUGUCAGGCCUUGCAAGACAUCCGAAAACAACAGAAACGCCGGUGGUGACUUAUCGGUGGAUGAAAAUAAACGACAGCACCAUGAGACAUCCGAAAACAACAGAACCGCCAGUGAUGACUUGUAAGUUGGCUAACAAUUAA